AUGACAAUGGAGUUGCCUCAGCCUUGCAGAUUCAACCUGUGCCUGACCCUUUUGGUCCUUUACUUUCUGAUCGGCUUCCUCAGCCAUACCAGAACUGAGGCCGUUGCAACUUACCUCUAUCAUAACUGUCCAAACACCACCACUUUCAUCCCCAACAGUACCUACCAAUCCAAUCUCAAUCACCUCCUCAUAUACCUCUCAUCCAACGCCACACGAGACGUUGAAUUCUACAACGCCACCGCCGGGAACUCCGUUGACACAGUCUACGGCCUCUUCCUAUGCCACGGUGACCUCCCCGCCGACACCUGCCAAAGCUGCAUCGCUGACGCAACAAAAGACAUAGUCCAGCGCUGUCCCACGGAGAGAGUAGCCGUGGGUUGGUACGACGAAUGCAUGUUACGCUACUCUGACCAGUAUUUCUUUGGCAGCAUGGUCACCGACCCUAACGCGAUAUUGGGUAACACACAGAAUAUUUCGGACCAAGCCCGGUCUGAUCAGCUAGUGAGAGCAACAACGAACGAUUUGGCAAGUGGGAUUAUAAAUCUUAGUACUGGGGCAAAGAAGUUUGGGACGAAACAAGCGAAUUUCACAGCGCUGCAAAAUGUGUAUACACUUGCUCAGUGCACGCCGGACCUGUCGGGUUACGAUUGCAACAGAUGUCUUCAGUCAGCAAUACAGAAUCUGCCGAGUGGAAAGCAAGGGGGAAGAGUUUUGUUUCCCAGUUGUGUUGCUAGGUUUGAAAUUUACCCGUUUUAUCUCACGGGUAACACAUCGGCGCCGCCGCCAAUGCUUGUUCCUCCACCUCCAACACCGAAAGGAAAAAGUCAUAUCUCAUCGCUGACAAUUAUUGCCAUUGUUGCUCCCAUAAUAGUCUCGGUGGUGCUAUUCUUUAUGGGCUACUGCUUCCUUAUAAGAAGGAAAGCAAGCAAAACUGUACAGAAAGAAAAUGCUGCUAAUGAAAUUUCGAUUGUAGAGUCCUUGCAAUUUGAUUUUGCUACCAUUGAAGCUGCCACCAAUAAUUUCUCAAAUGAUAACAAACUAGGUGAAGGUGGAUUUGGUCAGGUUUACAAGGGCAUACUUCCAAAUGGACAAGAGAUAGCUGUAAAGAGGUUAUCACGAAGCUCUAGACAAGGUGUAGGAGAAUUUAAAAACGAGGUUGUAUUGGUAGCCAAGCUUCAACAUAGAAAUCUUGUACGGCUUUUGGGAUUUUUUUUGGAAGGAGAAGAAAAGAUACUUGUCUACGAAUUUGUGCCCAACAAAAGCCUUGACUACUUUCUAUAUGAACCUGAAAGGCAUGGAAAACUAGAUUGGUCUAAACGUUACAAGAUUAUUGGUGGGAUUGCUCGAGGAAUGCUUUAUCUUCAUGAAGAUUCGCGGCUUAGAAUUAUACAUCGUGAUCUUAAAGCUAGUAACAUUUUAUUAGAUGAGGAUAUGAGUCCAAAGAUUUCAGAUUUUGGAAUGGCAAAGAUUUUUGGAGUAGACCAAACUCAAGGAAACACUAGUAGGGUUGUCGGUACAUUUGGUUAUAUGUCUCCAGAAUAUGUUAUGCAUGGACAAUUCUCGGUGAAAUCUGAUGUGUAUAGCUUUGGUGUAUUAAUUUUAGUGAUUCUAAGUGGCAAGAAAAACACUUCUUUUUAUCAAUCAGAUGGUCCAGUAGACCUCUUGAGCUUUGCUUGGAAACAUUGGAAGGACGGAACACUACUAGAAUUUUUGGAUCCCACUUUGGCAGAUUCUUACUUGAGAAAUGAAGUGAUUAGAUGUCUUCAUAUAGGCUUAUUAUGUGUACAAGAAAAUCCAGUUGACAGGCCAACAAUGGCUUCAAUAGUCCUCAUGCUAAACAGUUACUCUAUUACUCUGGCAUCACCUCAAAAUCCAGCAUAUUUCCGAACAGAGCGAAACAUGCCUUCGGUGGAAUUGGAGUCAGAUAAAUCAAAAAGCGAAUUGAUUCCGUUGUCUGUCAAUGAGGCAUCCAUUACUGAAGUAUACCCUCGAUAA